UAUACGCGGCGUGCUCCUUUAUAACCGACGGUGGUGGAACCGGGGCGGAAGGAGAGAGAGGAGAGGAGACAGAUAUUUCCCCCGAGCCGAGGUCAAGUCGUCUCGUCCCGUGCUGCGUUUCUCCUCCUCCCCCGCUCCUCCCCCAUUCGCCGUCCGCGGUUCUCUCCACCGAACAAGCUCACACAUCAAGACAAUAAAUAGAGCCUCGUUUGUUUGGGGCCAAUCAAACCAAACAACAAGUUCAUGUCUGAUCUCGACGUCCAGGUUCCAACUGCUUUUGAUCCGUUUGCUGAGGCAAAUGCUGAGGACUCCGGCGCUGGUGCUGGAUCAAAGAACUAUGUGCAUGUGCGUGUCCAGCAGCGCAACGGAAGAAAGAGUCUGACUACUGUUCAGGGCUUGAAGAAAGAUUACAGCUACAACAAGAUUCUCAAGGAUCUCAAAAAGGAAUUCUGCUGUAAUGGUACUGUAGUCCAGGAUCCAGAACUAGGCCAGGUCAUCCAACUCCAAGGUGAUCAGCGUAAAAAUGUUGCUACUUUCCUAGUUCAGGCUGGACUUGCAAAGAAAGAGAGCAUCAAGAUUCACGGAUUUUAGGCAACACACAAAUGCUCGUGUGCUGUCACCGAAGCCUGGAAGUUGUCGUAUACUUGGUAUUGUCACAUCUAAGACCAUUUGAAUUGCUAGUAGUCGCGUGAGGCAUCUGUGUUUGAUGCACUUUUACAUCCGAGACAUUUGAAUUUGCAUCGGUGUGUUGAUGCAAGUUGUCCUUCACCAUGGUUUGUAUGUGCCACCAGUAUGGCAGUAUGGUUUAUCCAGGUUAUUGUGCACUAAAUAAAUGUACUUCAGGCUUAUCUUCU